UUCAGCCACUCAAGUUUCUUAUUCCUCAUAACAAGAUGAUCUUCUCUUCGCUUGUAGCCUGGACCGCUCUCUUCAGCGGCGCCAAUGCCCUAGCCAUCCGCCAAAACACCCCGGUCUGGCUCACUCUCCCCCCUACGCCAGAACUUCCGUCUCCUAUCAGCACCAAGACGACUCCCAUCAACGGUGUUAACCUCUGGAUGCAAAAGUACAAUGAGAAGGCCAACACCACUCCCAUUGUCAUGGACCACGGUGGCCUUGGCUACUCGGCCUACUUCGGAUCCGUCAUUUCUCGCCUCAUCGCCAAGGGCUACUAUGUGAUCGCGGUUGACCGCCGAGGCCACGGCCGCUCAACGUUCAACUCCGGUGAUCUCUUCACCUACGAUCAGAUGGCCAAGGACAUCUAUGACCAGCUUGCUGCCGCUGGUGUGACGAAGUACAAUGUAGUUGGCUGGUCAGACGGUGGCAUCACCACUCUCGCUGCCCUCAUCAACCCGACUCUUGCGAAGCCCAUCAACAAGGCCUUCAUUUUUGGCGCUUCUGCAAACCCGGAGCAAACCAAUGCUACCUUCUCCGACACGGCAAUCUUUGCAGAGUUUGUCACUCGUUGCCGCACCGAAUAUGCCCAACUCCAGCCCAGUGCCAACUUCACCGUUUUCGCAAACAAGGUCGGCACCAUGGAGGGCACGCUGCCGCAGAUUUCAGACGCACAGCUGGGGACGAUUACUGGCAGCAAGGUCAUGAUCGUCGGAGCUGAGCACGAGGAGGCGGUCAACCGGGAUGUGCCAGCGAAGUUGCACGCCGCCAUCAAGGGUAGCAAGAUGCAAAUCCUGCCUGGCGUGAGCCACUUCGCACCAUUGCAGAACCCGGAUGAAUUCACCACGGCUGUGACCAACUUCUUUUGAGACAUGCUUGCGUUAGAAAAGUAAUUAGUUAGAGACAUUCAGGAGACUGCCCUAAGCAUCUAGAAAUGAGGGUCAGUUGAAGACCAUUCCGAUGAUAUGAGACCUCUUUGAA